CAAUAUAGCAUUUGUAACAGAAACUUAACCUAACCUUUCUCGAUUACAAUUGUGCGUGUACAAUAUGUGCAUGAUCUGUGCAAUAGGUUAGGUUCUGAUCCGACGCAAGAUUUGGAUAGUAUUUCUAUUUAGAAAUGUCAUUCAAAUUUGAUUCUUGCAUAUGACGGACAAUAAAAGACAGUAAGGAAAAUUUGUAGAAAAGGAGAAAGUGCGAGACAAAUGGUUUAUCAACGUGGAAAUCAGAGGGAUGGUUCCCCACAUUAUGUCUUUUUAUACUCGGAUGAUGAAAAUAGCGGAGAUGAAGAAAGUAUCUCUUUGCAACAGCGUACUAAGCUUACAUCAUUACCACGUAAAGUGGAAGUGAUAAAUGUUCCGUUGAAAUCAGAAGAUACGUUACAAGCAUUGGCAUUACGGUAUAGAUGCACGAUCUCUGAACUGAAAAGAAUCAACAAGAUUCACAAAGAAAAUGAAAUACAUGCAAGACGAUUCAUCAAAGUACCUGUACAACCAUUUUCUCUUCUGACUGAAACUUUAGAACAAGAUCCUAGUGGGCAGGUAAACAGAAGCGAAGUAAGUACAUCCAGUCCCGGUGAAGGGACAGAUAGUACAGUAACAAAUGAUCCACUAUUAAAUGUGAUAAAAAGUCCUGUUGUGGUUGAAUUACCAAAGACAGAAAUUAAUACAAUUAUAUUAAACUCAGUUUGCGAACCCUUGUCGUCAUACAACAAUAGUAACUCCUUAGACAUUACCAGUUCAGAGUGUGACCAAUUACUUACUCCAACAGAGAGUAAUACAGAAAACUCUCAUUUAACAGAAACAUUUAGAUGUUCUGGUGAUGACUGUGGAAUAUCUUGGACACAGCUUCUUGGAUUUUCCUUGUUACUAGGCUUUGCGGGACCUAUCAUAUAUAUACUUUACAUAACUGAGUUUUCAUCUAAAACUCAUUCAGUUGCUAAUCAUUAGUUAUAUAAUAUCAUUGUUGCAAUAAGUACAACUUAUUGUACUAUAAAUAUUUGCAACAAUUGCAACUGCAGCUUGCAAUAACAAUCAAUUGAUGACUAUGCUAUUUCAAACGAGUGAGAUUAUAUUAAAAAAUAAAAAUUUAGAAUUUUAAUUCAUAUGCCAUUACAUUACUGAAAAAAUAUGAUACUUUGUAAAGAAAGAACGAUAUUAUUUUUUGACACUUGAAAUAUAUAAAUAAAAUAUAUUUUUCAAGUAAAUGACAUACAUAUAAGAGAAAAUCAGCAAAUAGCAUCGAACAGCACGAAUAUCUAGUGCCUUUGUAAUUGAUUAUUUAAUGAAUUUUUGAAUAAUUGUACAAACAUUGUAAAAUAGGAAUCGCCAAAGCUAUUUCUAAAGAUCUUGUACAAAAAUAUUAAUGGAUAUCAUAUAUCCGUUUUAUAUUUUGACGAUUCACGUGAUAUGAAAUUAUUUGUUUUUAUCUUAUAUGUUAUUUGGAAAAAAAAUGUUGAUAUUAUAAUUGACAUACUUAGAUAUUGCAUAUUGACGAUAAAGAAUUCUGUUCUCAUGACAAUAAGCGUGUUACUAAGCAGCUUCGGAAUUAUGUAAAAUAUUAUUUUGAUAAAAUGUUUUUCUUGUUGAAAAAUUAUAAAUAUAUUUAUA